CAGAGAGACCGACUUGAAGCUUGGGCCAACCCUCCAAGGACAUCAUGUGACACCAGUUGAAUCGAAACUGCUCCGCCGUCAUCGAGGAACUACCUACCUAUUCACAGAUUAAGGACCGUCCAUUAUUCUACUGUUCCAAUUGGAUAUGCCAAAUUCCUACCCUAAUGAUCAAAUGGAAUGAGUGAAAUGAUGAACCCUCGUCACGACAGCGAGCUUUGUUCAACGAAUUGAGAGUCGCCAAUGGCAUAUCUAGCUUAGGCUUUUUACUAAACAAUCCCCAGCAUCAAACCCACUCCUCACCAUGCGCCCGCGCCUCCUCAUCCGUCAGAUACCCCUGCGGCUGUCGCAGAAGCGGUCCUUACUUCGCACAUUCACCCAGAAUACCUCGGUCCGAGCGAAGGGAGCCAGACCACAGCUCCCUUUCCUCUCCAUCCCAACAACUACCCGCCAAUCUCAGAGAGUCAGGUACCUGACCACGGAACGCAAGCAAUGGAUCAAAUACGAGUUUAAGCUCGGUAUCAAAUACACCGUGUACUUCUGGAUUGCACUUGUCUGCGUUGCUGCCGGCACCUUCGCCGUCCAACAGGAGAUCCUCGAGCGACAAUAUCCCACCCCGCACGAGUGGCGUUUCCUGACGAGGACCCGAUUCAAGAGCGCCCAUGCCGAGAAGGACAGGAAGGACUCCCAGAUGCCCGAUUGGGUGGUUAUCAUGGAGCUGAUUCAGGGUGUUGUAGAGAGGCUGGAGGAUUCCAAGCUUGACGGGAAAGGCGUCACGAAUGCCGCCUCUGACGCCCCGCCUAGGACCAAGGAUAUAUCGGCGAUGCCCGAGCAUUGGAGGAGGGGAUACUACGAAGCCAUAAUGCUGUAUGCGGCGGCGGCCGAGCACUUGGACGGAUGGGUGGUGGAUAGAACGCGCAAGAUUGUGUUUCCUCCGGAGGUUGUGAUCGGCCCUUCUAACCCUCGCCCAAAGCCGAUUCCUCCCAGUUCCAAGAGCGCUCCCCGAGAGGAGGACUGCGAGGUCGCAUACACAUCUCCAGACGAUAUAUACACCAGGAUAAUAUCGACGCCGGGGUUUACCGACCGCCAACGGAUGGAUGCUUCACUCGCCUAUGCCAACUGGUUGGAGUUCAAGGGGCUCGCUGGGCCUGCAAGUAUCAUGUACGAACGCGCGCUUGAUUUGGCGGUUUCCUCUCGGCCUCCGAACACCCCCAAUCCCGUCAACAAUAAAACCUGGAUCCUCAACGAUGCUGCAGGCAACCCAACUGCCAAUAUCCUCACCUCACUCACAGCGCUAGCCACCUUCCAAGCUCGCGCUGGCAACGUAUCUGCAGCACUACCGAUCUUCAUUUCCAUCCUCAAGGCACGGCGGUCCCUCCCAAUCGCCGACGAGCCGGAUGCCCCAUCUCCGUUUGCGCGAAAGGAGGCUCCGGGCUUCUCGGUGGACAAGGUCAUGAAGUCCCUAAAGGGGAUCCUUCUCCCCCCAUCAUACCCGGCGUCGCCGGACGACGGAAACACGCCGCCGAUUCGCGGCCCGAAGGAGCUGUGCGAGGAGGCAGCCCUGAACCUGCACAUCGGCGAGAUCAUGUACGCGACGCGCGCGACGAGCCGCGAGGAAGGACUCGGCUGGACGAGGGAGGCGGUGGACAUGGCCGAGGAGCAGCUCCACAAGCUGGGCGGCUCGGGCGGCGGCGUAUCGGACCGCGGGGCGAGGACGACGUGCCGCGAGUGCCUGGCCACGGGCCUGUCGAACUGGGCGACCAUGGUGGCGAGGCUGGCGCGGGAGGAGGCGGCCAGGAAGGAGGGCCCGCAGCCCAGAUCUGGGGGUGGCUGGUUCGGCCUGUGGGGCGAGGGCAAGCCCGAGGACCUGGACAGGUGGGCCGCCGAGGAGAAGGUCAUACAGGAGAGGCAGAGGCGGGCCGCGGAGCUGCUGGACGAUCUGGAGCCGCCUCCGAGUGGGACGAGCUCCAUUUUCCAUGCUUGAGGGCGUGCCGAUGCAUAUGGCUUACGUGCCUGCGACUUGUACAGAAUGUAUCUAUAUAAUAUGGGACCGUUCGUUCAGGCUAUUGCCUGUAUCUUGGUUCAAUGAUACGCACUACGAUGUCACCACUCUAAAGCUGGGCGAGUGUUGUGUAACUGGCGUAAUCUGGGCUGUAUCCCUUGAGUUCAGCGUUAUGUAGCCAUGGUUGAUCCCGCACAGCGUGCCAUCCCCCCUUUCCCGGCAGGCUCGAGACGGCCCACCUGAAAGACCGUAAGACCCCAAGGGCCUUCUUCGGUCUUUAAAAGCAAAGCAGCCACACCGGCCAAAAAGGGGACUUCAGUAUCCCUCGUCGACUACCCCGUCGUCUCUCUCCUCAC